CAAAAUCAAUCUCGCUAAUCAGUUGCACUACUCCCUGCUCUCUUCCCUAGGGUUUCGUAUACGCCGGCGCUUCCCUUUCGAUUCCUGGUUCUUGGAUACUUGAUCUCUGAAGCGAACAACGAUCUCAAUUUUCCAGUUUCUUGUCGUAAUCCAUCCGAUAUGGCAAUGGAAGUCACACAGAUACUAUUGAAUGCACAAUCAGUUGAUAGCUCUGUUCGCAAGCAAGCAGAAGACAACUUGAAGCAAUUUCAAGAACAGAAUCUUCCUGUAUUUUUGUUAUCUCUCUCUGGGGAAUUGGCUAACAAUGACAAGCCUGUUGACAGCCGGAAGUUAGCUGGAUUGAUACUUAAAAAUGCACUAGAUGCCAAGGAGCAACACAGGAAAAAUGAGUUGACACAAAGAUGGUUGAGUUUAGAUAUGGCUAUGAAGGCCCAGAUCAAAGGGUGUCUGAUGCAGACUCUCUCUUCUCCUGUCCCUGAUGCGAGAUCCACUGCAUCACAGGUUAUUGCCAAGAUUGCAGGCAUUGAACUUCCCCACAAUCAGUGGCCGGAACUUAUAACUUCUCUGUUGUCAAAUAUGCCCCAGCAUCAGCCUCAUGUGAAGCAGGCAACAUUGGAAACUCUUGGUUAUAUAUGUGAGGAAGUAUCUCCAGAUGUGGUUGAACAGGACCAAGUGAAUGCAAUACUAACGGCAGUUGUCCAGGGUAUGAAUGCGUCUGAAGGGAACUCUGAUGUAAGGUUGGCUGCUACAAGAGCAUUGUACAAUGCACUGGGAUUUGCCCAUGCAAACUUUUCAAAUGACAUGGAACGUGAUUUCAUCAUGAGAGUUGUUUGUGAAGCAACUUUAUCCGCUGACCUGAAGAUACGACAGGCAGCAUUUGAGUGUUUGGUUGCCAUCUCAUCCACUUACUAUGAGAAGCUUGCAGCGUACAUGCAGGACAUAUUCAGUAUCACAGCAAAAGCAGUAAGAGAAGAUGAGGAACCUGUUGCUCUGCAGGCAAUAGAGUUUUGGAGUUCAAUCUGUGAUGAAGAGAUUGACAUCUUAGAUGAGUAUGGUACUGAUUUUUCAGCUGACUCAGAGGUUCCCUGCUUUUACUUUAUUAAGCAGGCGCUGCCUGCUUUGGUCCCUAUGCUGUUGGAGACACUACUGAAGCAGGAAGAAGACCAAGAUCAGGAUGAAGGGGCUUGGAAUAUUGCAAUGGCUGGUGGAACAUGUUUGGGGUUGGUUGCACGUACUGUGGGAGAUGACAUAGUCCCUCUUGUGAUGCCUUUUAUAGAAGAAAACAUAACAAAACCAGAUUGGAGGCAAAGAGAGGCAGCGACUUACGCUUUUGGUUCUAUUUUGGAGGGUCCGUCACCUGACAAGCUCAUUCCUAUUGUCAAUGUAGCACUGAACUUCAUGCUCAGUGCUUUAGUACAGGACCCAAAUAACCAUGUCAAGGAUACAACAGCAUGGACUCUAGGAAGAAUCUUUGAAUUCCUUCAUGGGUCUAUUGUUGAAACACCUAUAAUAACCCAGGAGAACUGUCAACAGAUACUAUCUGUUCUACUUCAGAGCAUGAAAGAUGUUCCUAAUGUAGCAGAGAAGGCUUGUGGAGCUCUCUUUUUCCUUGCUCAAGGUUAUGAGGAUGUGGGUUCCUCGUCCUCCCCAUUGUCCCCUUUCUUUAAUGACAUAAUUCAUAGUCUCCUCACUGUGACUCACAGAGAAGAUGCUGGAGAAUCCCGCCUUCGAACAGCUGCUUACGAAACAUUGAAUGAAGUUGUCCGAUGUUCCACUGAUGAGACAGCUGCCACAGUAGUGCAAUUGGCGCCAUUGAUUAUGACGGAGCUCCUUCGAACUCUUGAAGGGCAGAAAAUUUCGUCUGAGGAGAGGGAGAAGCAGAAUGAGCUGCAAGGUCUUCUUUGUGGUUGCUUGCAGGUCAUUAUCCAAAAGCUAGGAGCAACAGAGUCGACAAAGUACGCUGUUAUGCAGUAUGCAGAUCAGAUAAUGGAAUUGUUUCUGAGGGUUUUUGCUUCCCGAAAUGCCACUGUGCAUGAAGAAGCCAUGCUCGCUAUUGGUGCUUUAGCAUAUGCUACCGGGCCAAAUUUUGCAAAGUACAUGCAAGGGUUUUAUCCGUAUCUGGAGGUGGGCCUUCAGAAUUUUGAGGAGUAUCAAGUCUGUGCCACCACUGUUGGUGUUGUGGGAGAUCUAUGCAGGGCAUUGGAGGAAAAGAUACUGCCUUUCUGUGACAGCAUUAUGACACAGCUCCUUAAGGAUCUUUCCAGCAAUCAGUUGCACCGUUCUGUUAAGCCCCCUAUUUUCUCAUGCUUCGGUGAUAUAGCAUUGGCUAUAGGGGAGAACUUUGAGAAGUACUUGAUAUAUGCCAUGCCUAUGCUCCAGAGUGCGGCAGAGUUAUCAGUACAUGUUGCGGCUGCAGAUGAUGAAAUGAUAGAGUACACCAAUCAGCUGAGGAAUGGAAUCUUGGAAGCAUACUCUGGAAUAUUUCAAGGGUUUAAGAGCUCUCCAAAGACUCAGCUGUUGUUGUCAUAUGCCCCUCACAUCCUUCAGUUCUUAGAUAGCUUGUAUAGGCAGAAGGACAUGGAUGAGGCUGUCAUGAAGACCGCAAUAGGAGUACUGGGAGACUUGGCCGAUACUCUCGGGAGUAAUGCUGGUCCCUUGAUAAACCAAGCUGUUUCGAGCAAAGGUUUUUUGGAAGAAUGCUUGUCAUCAGAUGAUCCUUUGAUCAAAGAGUCUGCUGAGUGGGCUAAGCUGGCCAUCGCCCGUGCUGUUUCUGUUUGAUGAUUGUUCAUGGUGCAUUUGAAGUCUCGGUCUGCAUUUGCAUAUGAGUUUUGUCAGUCUGGUCAGCAAUUGCAUUCAUGCGUCAGUCCUCAUCUGUCUCACAAAAAGAUCACCCUCAUCUUUUUGAUUGGAGACAUCAAGUUGCUAACCCAUGCAUCAGCACCAUGGAGUCGAAUUCCUCUUUUUCGAUGGAGUGGGACAGUGAAAACUCACCUCAACUAACCUUGUAAGCUGGCGAAUAGCCUCCUUUGAAUCGAAUCAGAGGGAACUUUAUUCAUAUCAAGGGGAACAGCCCAAGGCCGCUUUGCCUCAGCAGCUCUGCUUGCUGCAUGAUAACCCCACUGGUCCAUCUUCUCAACAGCAAGCAAUUUAAUAUCGGCCAUGAUUCUUUCUUUGUGAGCUAGGCCACAUACUUUUUCUUGCAUCAUUUUUAUCUAUGUUAAUUUUAUGUCAUUCGCAUUGUCAUUAUUCCACCCAUCAUGUUGAUUUCUGCUGCACCUUUACACUUUCCCAUCUGUAUAAUUUGAGCAAGACAGUUCACAUUGCUUCCAUUUCUGCAUUUCAAUGUAGUCAAAGUGCUUGAAUUCAUGCAUUAUAUAUGUUAAUUAUAAGUUUGAGGCU